AUUCUGAAUCUGAAUCAUCAUGAUCAAUGACUCGCUUCGGCUUUCUUUCUAGCUCACACACUUUCAAUGGAUUCUUUGUCCUUUGCUUUGAUGUUUUCCUUCUCAAGCUGCUGAGUAUCAAACGGGUCUCACGUAUUCCUACGUAUCUCUCUUCCCAAAGGUCAAAGUUUGAAUCUAGUUUGCGAUAAUUAUAUAUUUUGGCUUCCGCUUAUAAUCCUCCAUCCUGCGCAGUUUCUGCAUCAAUGGCGGAACCUAAAGAAAGGUAUGGUGUUGUUACAGGAGCGAACAGAGGGAUCGGGUUGGAGACUGUGAAAAUGUUGGCCUCCAAUGGAGUCAAGGUGGUUCUCACAGCAAGAGAUGAGAAGAGGGGCCUCGAAGCCCUUGAGAAAUUGAAAGCCUUUGGCAUCUCCCACCUUGUAAUUUUUCAUCAGCUUGAUGUGAUGGACACCGCUAGUAUUGCUUCUCUUGUGGAUUUUGUUAAAACCCAAUUUGGGAGACUUGAUAUUCUGGUGAACAAUGCAGCGAUCAGCGGAUUAAAUUUGGAUGAGUUGGGGGAGGGCCCACCUUACAAUUGGAGGGCAUUGACUCAAACUUAUGAGUUGGCUGAGAAAUGUCUGCAAACAAACUACUAUGGCGCUAAGGAAACAACGGAGGCUUUUCUUCCCCUUCUUCAGCUGUCCAAUUCUCCAAGGAUUGUUAAUGUUUCCUCCCAAGCAGGGUUGUUGAAGAACAUACCGAACAAGUGGGCGACAGGGGUGCUUGAUGGUGUUGAUGAUCUUACAGAGGAGAGACUAGAUGAGGUAGUAAGAGAGUUUGUCAAAGACUUCAAAGAAGGAACAGUGGAAGCCAAAGGAUGGCCAACUUUUCUGUCUGCUUAUAUGGUUUCAAAAGCAGCCAUGAAUUCUUACACAAGGAUUCUGGCGAGAAAGUACCCAAACAUGUGUAUUAACUGUGUCUGUCCUGGAUUCGUAAAAACAGACAUUAACAGAAACAGUGGUAUCUUAUCUGUGGAAGAUGGUGCUGCUAGUGUUGUAAGAUUAGCUUUGCUCCCAAAUGGUUCACCUUCUGGCCUCUUCUUUGCUCGCCAUGAAGUGUCCAGCUUAUUCCAAAAUCUCUAUUUAAAGCACACAUACCAUUACUUUCAUGAGAAUCGUCAUCGAGCAACAAUGGUGGGAAGAACAUUAAGAUCUGCUCUGUUUUUCUUCGUCGCUUUCUCUGCUCUCCUCACAUCUCAGCAUUCCAAUGCUUAUCCCCUCUCAACCCAAAGCCGAUGGAUCAUGGACGACUUCAAUGGCGAACGAGCCAAACUAGUGUGCGGCAACUGGGCGGGACACCUUCAGCCGAUGCUUCCAGAAGGUCUGGACAAGCGGCCAUUGAAGGAGAUGGUGGCUCAAAUAGUGAAGUACAAGUUCAAUUGCGUGCGUCUGACGUACGCGAUCUACAUGUGGACUCGCUACAUGGAUCGCAAUGCGGGAAAAACCCUAGAGGAAUUGGACAUUCCGGAGACGGUGGAAGGGAUUAAGAAGAACAAUCCGUGGGCGCUGAACAAGACGCAUGUGGAGGCGUUUGAAGAAGUGGUGCGGGAGCUUGGGAAUCAGAAGGUGAAGGUGUUGCUGGAUAAUCAUGUGAGCGAUCCCAAAUGGUGCUGCGCCGAUGACGAUGAGAAUGGCUUCUUCAAUGACAGGCACUUCGAUCCCAACGAGUGGGUGAAGGGCCUCACUUUGGCAGCCCAACGCUUUUCUGGGAAUUCCGCCGUGGUGGCCAUGAGCUUGAGGAAUGAACUCCAUGGUCCUCGUCAAUACGUGGGUGAUUGGUACAUUUAUAUGAGCCAAGGAGCAACAGCAGUUCACAAGGCGAACCCAAAUGUGCUGGUGGUUGUCUCAGGCCUCAACUACGACACUGAGCUUCAGUUCCUAAAGAAAAGGCCUCUUCACUUAGGUUUGGGCAGGAAAUUGGUGUUUGAGACACAUUUGUAUUCAUGGUCUGGAAUUGGAACACUAAAGCUGAAAGAUAUCUGGACUAAGCAGCCAUUGAACAGAAUUUGUGCCAGAGCCAUUAACGGCAUAGACCACAGAGCGGGGUUCCUUACUCGUGGCGACAAUGCUUUUCCUUUGAUUUUCACAGAAUUUGGGUUCGACCAAGAAGGUUCUACUGAAGCAGACAACAAGUACUUGACUUGCCUUCAAACCUACCUUGUUGGGAGAGACCUGGAUUGGGGCCUCUGGGCUUUGCAAGGUGGCUAUUACCUGAGAGAAGACCAGGUUCAACUUGAGGAGACAUUUGGUGUCAUGGAUGCCUCCUGGCAAAAUCUGAGGUUCCCAAACUUCACCCAACUCUUCCAACUCCUUCAAAGGAAGAAUCAAGAUCCAACUUCCAAAUUCCCUAUUGCAAAUAUCUUGUACUACCCACUGAGUGGCCAGUGUGUCCACGUUAACCAGAAGAAUGAGCUUGAAGUGGGAAGUUGUGAGAACAAGAUCGAGAGAUGGGUUCAUGAAGAUGGAUCUCAGAUUCUCUUAAGUGGUACGAACAAAUGCCUAACUGCAUCAGGUGAAGGGCUUCCUGUUGUCGUGUCUGAUGGUAAUAAUUGCCAGAGCAAGCAGAGUAGUUCUUGGAAGUCUGCGUCACUCUCAAAGCUUCACUUGGCUACGGUGGACCAGCAUGGCAAGCAAUUGUGCCUGCACCAGGACGCAAACUCUUCAACAAUUGUGACAAGAAGAUGCAUCUGUAUACUAGAUGAUCCUACUUGUUUGGACGAUCCCAGAAGCCAGUGGUUCCAGUUUGCCGUUGUGACAGGAGCCAACAAGGGGCUUGGGUAUGGAAUAUGCAAGAAGUUGGCAGCAAGAGGGGUGACGGUGGUGCUCACAGCAAGAGAUGAGAAGAGAGGGCUGGGAGCAGUUGAGAAGCUCAAACAGUUUGGUGUGUCGUCAGACUCUCUGGUGUUUCAUCAGCUUGAUGUCACUGAUCCUUCAAGCAUUGCUUCCUUAACUCAUUUCAUCACCACCACCUUUGGCAAACUUGACAUCUUGGUAAACAAUGCAGGUGUCUCUCCAGGAACAGUGAACGGCGAAGCUUUGUUCAAAAAAGUUAGUGGGGAGAACAUAGAUUGGGAUGAAAUAGUAAAAUGCAAUGUGGAGAUGUCAAAGCAAUGUGUUGAAACUAAUUACUUUGGUGCUGUUGGAGUGACUGAAGCCCUCCUUCCUCUGCUUCAAUUAUCCAAUUGUCCCACCAUUCUCAAUGUCACCUCUCUUGCUGGACUCAUCAAGCUCAUAAGAAAUGAACGUGCCAGAAAGGUACUAAGUGACUUGGAGAGUCUUACAAGAGAAAAACUUGAUGGGGUGGUGAGUGAGUUCAUCAAGGACUAUGAAGAAGGAACAUGGAAUGAGAAAGGAUGGCCAACCAUGACGCCUGCCAAUACAGUGGCCAAGACAGCCCUUAAUGUGUACACAAGAUUAAUCUCCAAGAAGUACCCGAGUUUCCGAGUUAACUCGGUGUCUCCAGGAUUUGUGAAGACUGAUAUGACUCAGAACUAUGGAUUCUCAACUGUUGAUGAAGCUGCUGAACAUCUCCUGAGAUUAGCUCUUCUGCCUUCUACAGGUCCCACCGGUCUCUUCUUUGAUAGGGACAGAGCCACACCAUUGGAAUAAUCAUUAUUCGUUAAGCUUAGCUUUUACUUUGGUCUGAUGCUGCGUUCGAGUUAUUUUUCAAGUAAUUAAGAAUAAGAAUGCCGAUGCUUUAAUUUAUUUGAAAUUAAUUUCUCUUCGUGUUGUUGUAUU